GUGGUACUGCAAACGAAAGUUGUAUGCAGAAAUGAAAGUUGCAUCCAAGUUAAUAAAAAUGUAACUACUCACAGAAUUGUUACGAUUCCGCGGCGCAUGGACAAACAAAUUGCAGCGUCUAUAUGUUGUUUCACGAAUUCCAACAAUUUCCAGUUGUUUGUUGUCAAUACGAAUAAUUAUUGAAUUCCAAACAUCAGCAAGUGGUGAAUACUAUUUUCCAUGUUGAUUAGUCUUUGUUGCAGUGUUGUUGAAUUUGCAGAAGUACUUGUUAAGGACUGAAGAAGUGGGUGAGAAAAUUCGAUGGGCCUGAUAUUAUAGCAAGUCAAACAUUACUGUUUACAAUUGUUAUAAAUUCUCGUAACCAAGGCAGGCGGUCUUCAGUGGGUAUUUUCUAGUGGGCAGUAAACCUUCUGUUCAAUAAAAUAUUGACCGCACUCGACGUUUGUUCACGUUCACACAGCAAUUGCGUGCCGUUACCGUGAGUAUAAUUUCCAUACACUCCUAGAGGGUUCCUGAAAAAUUGAUGGAAUUUAUUAAUAAUUACAUGAUUAUGGUGAAAGCAUCAUAUACCCAUGACAGUCGUAAACGUUGACUCGCCGGUUGAGGUUCUAUGACAGCAUUGAAACACCAAGAUGUGUGCGGAAGCGUUAUCAGUGGUGAAUUUUUAUGAAGAAAAAUCGAUACUUAUCACUGGUGCCACAGGUGGAAUUGGAAAACUACUGAUUGAAAAAUUGCUGAGAUCCUGUCCCAACAUCGGCAAAAUCUAUGUGCUUCUACGGUCGAAACGCGGGGAGAGUGCGACUCAGAGAAUUAAUAAUUUAGUAAACACACCGAUUUUUCACAAACUGCGUGGUUCCGAUCCUGGGAUACUGUCCAAAGUCGUUAUGAUCGAGGGAGACUUGUGCCAACCAGAUUUGGGAAUUUCCGAAACAAACCGAGAAGAGCUGAUGAAGAACGUUUCCGUUGUAUUCCACUGUGCAGCAAUUUUGCAAUUCGAUUUGAGUCUGGAAGAUGCAUUAUCAAUCAAUGUCUUCGGGACUCGGCGGCUGUUGCUGUUGUGUUAUAGAAUGACAAAAAUCGAAGCUUUCGUUCAUGUUUCAACUUUGUACUCGACCUGCAAUCAAUCUAAGAUUGAGGAAUGCAUCCCAUCAAUUCCCGUUCUGAAUGGGAGACUUGAUUUUAACAAAAGUGUGAGGGAGUUCGUGAUGGAAAUUCCUGAAGAUGUGGUGAAGGAUUGGCCCAAUACGUAUUCCUUUUCGAAAGCCCUUGCGGAGAUUAUGUUGAAUGCUCACAAGGGCACAUUACCGAUAAGUAUUGUAAGACCGUCCAUCGUUUUAGCAACGCUCAGGGAGCCAAUGCCAGGGUGGAUCGAUAACUUUUAUGGCCCUACGUUAUCAAUUUCUAAUGGAGCUCUGGGCAUAUUGAGGUCAGUUAUUUGUGACGGUGAAAAAAUAGGUGACAUCAUACCAUCAGAUCUUGUAGUAAAUUUACUGGUAACCGUUGGCUGCAAGACGAAAUACCAGGGAACGAGUGUAAUUAAAGUUUACAACAGCUGUACAGGCCGGCAAAAUCCGAUGCGAAUGAAGCAGUUGCUCGAUGACUGCCAGAAAUAUUCACGGAUGUAUCCGCUAAUGAAAGCAGUGAGGUAUCCAAAUUUGACGUAUCGAUCGUCUUACUUGGUUCAUUGGAUUGUCUCAAAAUUCCAACAUCGAUUAUUAUCUUAUAUCCUCGAUUUCGUUGCUUUGUUCACGUCCAAAAAGGGACGCAUGAUACGCAUUCAUAAUACACUGUCUCGAAUUUUGGCAACUUUGGAUUAUUUUACUCUGCGUCAGUGGGCUGUUGACGAUUGCAAUGUUCAAAGACUUAUCAACGAGAUGAGUGAGAAAGAGAAGGACUUAUUUUACUUCGAUCCAAAAAUCAUCGAUUGGAAAUUGUAUGUGAAGAUUUACAGCCUCGGCAUCAGGAGACAUCUUUUCAAAGAAAGCAUGGAUGAUAUAGAGGAAGCUAAAGCACGGAUGGCCAAUUUGUACUGGAUGGAGAGAUCACUGCAGCUUUUUAUGUCAGUCGCGUCAGUUAUGACAGUCUAUUAUUGGAUAAAAUCACGAUCCAGUCGACAUCAAUGAGAAUAUAAAAGAAUUUUGUAUUAUAGUAUUGAUAUCGAAGGAAGAGAAGUGAUAAGUGAAAUAUGAAAAGUGGAGAGAGAAGUAGAAUUAUAUCUUCUCCCGUGGAAUUGUAUCCACCCACAAUACCGGAAGUUAAGAAUCUGAUAAUUAUCUUUUUGGUCAACUAAGAAAAGGUAAAACUUCUUAAAAGUAAUAACAUACAGCUGCGAUGGGAUAGCCAUCAAAGGAUCCAGCGAUGGGACACGAAAAGGCCCUCCAAGUAUUAUUCGGAAGAAAAUUGUGCGGCAUACGAUGAACUUCACAAAUUGUUUGGGGAUCUUCCACAUUGGAAUGAAAUGGGUCUCAACAAAUAUAAUAAAUAUAGUUUUUAUCAAUCUUCGAAGACCAAUCCAUUUUUAUCUAUCAAUCACAAGUGCAUUCAACAAAUUGAAUUGAAUGGGGAACUCAAAGAAAAGUUCGUAGUGUUGUCCCGCAGUCUGUGAGGAAUUAAUGUGCAAUAUAACAUAAUGACUCGGUGUUUUUACAAUCAUGAACUGUUUAGAGUUUAAAAAGAUCAUAAAUAAUUGUAUCGAUACAUAAUUAUUCUCAUUGACGCCAAUAUGAUAUUUCUUUAUUCACAAGAAUUCACUGUGAAUAUGUUAUAUUUAUGAGAUA